AUGACUCCAAAUCCAAUACAAUAUAAUUUUGGUCCUCGAUCUGUUGCUACCGGCAACUUCGAUAAUGAUAAUUGGCCAGAUAUUGCUGUUGCCAAUUACAUAGCUGAUAACAUAGGUAUUUAUUUUGGAAAUGGGGAUGGUACGAUGGGAAGUCCAGUCAUGUAUUCGACCGGUUCGGACUCCGCUCCAUACAUGAUUGCUGUUGGUGAUUUCGAUAGCAAUCAUCGACUGGAUAUCGCUGUUGCAAAUUUCGGCACAAACAGUAUUGGUAUACUUUUGGGAUUUGAAAACAGAUCUUUUUCAAAUCAAACAGUGCUAUCAACUGCAUCAUCUCGUCCUAUCUGGGUUCACAUAACUGAUCUCAAUAAUGACACAGCAUUAGAUAUCAUCACUACUAACUAUGGCACACACAGCAUAAGUGUAUUUUAUGGAUAUGGAAAUGGAAGCUUUUCAACACCAAGCACGUACUCUACAGGCUAUGAUUCUUUUCCGUUUGCAGUUGUUAGUGGCGAUUUCAACAAAGAUGGAAAGACAGACCUUGCGCUCGCUAAUUUUGGUACAAACACUAUAGGUAUACUCCUAGGACGUAGUGACAAUACGUUUGAACAUCAACGCACAUUUUCGACUGGUCCUAAUUCCAAUCCAUACUCGCUUGCUGUUGGCCAUUUAAAUGAUGACACUAUGUUAGACAUCGCUGUCACUAACUAUGGGAAUAAAAGUGUGAAUAUAUUUCUGGGUCGCGAUGACGGAACUUUUAUAAGUCCAACAACAUAUUUACUUGGCACUGCUUCUCCAUAUACCAUUGGCAUUACUGACUUCAACCAAGACCGACAUAUGGAUUUAAUCGUCACCAAUAAAGGCACUGACAAUAUAGGUAUACUUCUCGGAUACGGAGAUGGCUCUUUCAGAAAUGUUAUAAAGUAUAGUACUGGCUCUACUUCUACAGUUUCCCUUGCCAUAGAUGAUUUUAAUAGAGAUAAUCGUUUAGACAUAGUCGUCAUCAAUAAUGACACAAGUAGCAUAGGUAUUCUACUUGGUUAUACCAAUGUCUCUGUUGAAAAUCGAAUGACAUAUUCAACUGGCUCUUAUCCACAAUUUGUAGCUAUUGGUGAUUUUAAUAACGAUGCCCAAUUGGAUAUCAUUGUUGUUAAUAGUCUCAGUGACAAUCUAAGUGUAUUUCUGGGAUAUGGCAAUGGGUCUUUUGUAUAUCAAGGCACAUAUUCAGUUGGUACUUUCCCAUCCUCAAUAGCUGUUGGCGAUUUUAACAAUGACACUCGAUUGGAUAUUGUCGUUACUAAUAGUUGGAGCAACAUUCUAAGUGUACUUCUUGGAUAUGGCAAUGGGUCUUUUGCAAAUCAAACUCAAUAUUUAACUGGGUCUGAUUCACAAUCUGUAGCUGUUGGUGAUUUUAACAACGACAACCAUUUGGAUAUUGUUGUUGCUAAUAGUCAAAAUAACGCUGUGGGUAUACUUCUCGGAUAUGGUAAUGGCUCUUUUGCUGAUCAAAGGACAUAUUCAAUUGGCUGGUAUUCAAAAUCUGUAGCUGUUGGUGAUUUUAAUAACGACAACCAAUUGGAUAUCAUUGCUGCUCAUUAUGCUUCGGAAGGCGUUGUAGGUGUACUUCUCGGAUAUGGCAAUGGUUCAUUUUCAAAUCAAGUAACAUAUUCUGUUGGUUCUUUACCAUCCUCGAUAGCUGUUGGCGAUUUCAACAAUGACAACAGAUUAGAUAUCGUUGUUGCUAAUACUAUGGACAACACUGUAAGUGUUCUUUUGGGAUAUGGCAACGGAUCUUUUGCUAAUCAAACGACAUAUUCCACUAGCUAUCGUUCCUAUUCUCUAGCUGUUGGAGAUUUUAACAAUGACACUCGACUGGAUAUUGUCGCUACUCAUUAUCUUUGGGAUGGCACUGUAAGCGUACUUCUCGGAUAUGGUAAUGGUUCAUUUGCAAAUCAAGUGAAAUAUUUAGCUGGUGCUGUACCAUGCUCGGUAGCCGUUGGUGAUUUUAAUAACGACAUCAGAUCGGAUAUCGUCGUUACUAAUCGUGAUAAUAACACUAUUACUGUUCUGCUUUUGUAUGACAGAGGAGCUGUGUCAAACGAAAUCACAUUUGCACCUAGCGAUGGUGCUCGUUUGAGAAGUAUUGGCGUUUAUGAUUUCAAUAAUGAUGAUCAACUGGAUAUCGCUGUUGCUAAUUAUGGCACGAAUAGCAUAGGUGUCGUUCUUGGACAUGGCAAUGGCACUUUUGAGAACCAAAUGAUGUUCUCGUCGGGUUUAAAUUCUCGUCCUCAAUCGAUCACUUUUGGUGACUUCAAUAAUGAUAGUCAAGUGGAUAUUGCGGUAGCGAAUUAUGGCACUAAAAAUGUUGGACUGUUGCUGAGAAACAGGAGCGUAGCGUUUGAAACUCAACGUAAUUACGGCAAUGGUUACGCCUUCGCUCCAUGGUUUAUUGCUGCCGGUGAUUUCAACCAUGAUGAACGUUUGGAAAUUGUUGUCGCAUAUGAUGACACUGACAACUUAGAUGUUCUUGUUGCAUUUGAUACGGGAUCUUUUGCAAAUCCAACGACAUAUUCAACCGCCUCUUAUCCAAAAUCUGUAGCUGUUGGUGAUUUUAACAACGACAAAUGGUUGGAUAUCGUCGUCGGUAAUUGUGAGGACGACACUGUGGGGAUACUUCUCGGAUAUGGCAAUGGCUCUUUUGCAACCCAAAUCAGAUAUUCAACUGGUUCUUGUCCAUUUUCUAUAGGUGUCGGUGACUUUAACAACGACAAUAGAUUGGAUAUCGUCGUUGUUAAUGCUAGGGACGACACUCUAAGUGUGCUUCUCGGAUAUGGCAAUGGUUCGUUUGCAAAUCAAACUCAAUAUUCAACUGACUUUUCUCCAACAUCUGUAGCUGUUGGUGACUUUAACAAUGACAACAGCUUAGAUAUCAUCGUUGUUAAUUAUUUGGACGAUAUUGGAACUGUACGUCUCGGAUAUGGCAAUGGUUCUUUUGCCAAUCCAAUGACGUAUUCAACUGGCUCCUAUGCAAAAUCUGUAGCUGUUGGCGAUUUUAACAACGACACUCAGUUAGAUAUCGUUGUUGCUAAUAGUGGCAGCGACAAUCUAAGUGUACUUCUGGGAUAUGGCAAUGGGUCAUUUGCAAAUUCAGUGACAUAUUCUACUGGUUCUUCACCAUCCUCGACAGCUGUUGGUGAUUUUAACAACGAUGACCAAUUAGAUAUCGUUGUUUCUAAUUCUGAGGACAAUACUGUGAGUGUACUUCUGGGAUAUGGAAACGGAUCUUUUGCUAAUCAAACAACAUAUUUAACUGGCUCUUCGCCAAAGCCUGUAGUCGUUGGUGAUUUUAACAACGACAAAAGGUUAGAUAUCCUCAUUGUUAAUUCGAUUUGGGACGGCAGUGUAGGUGUGCUUCUCGGAUAUGGCAAUGGUUCAUUUGCAAAUCAAGUGACAUAUUCUGUUGGUUCUUUACCAUUGUCAGUAGCUGUUGGUGAUUUUAACAAUGACAACAGAUUAGAUAUCGUCGUUGCAAAUUCUGAGGACAACACCGUUAGUGUACUUCUUGGAUAUCACAAUGAAGCGUUUGAAAAACAAAUGACGCUCAUUACUGGCAAUAGGUCUCGACCGAGUUCGUUUGCUAUUGCAGAUUUUAAUAAUGACAAUCAAACAGAUAUUGCAGUCGUUAAUUCGGGCACUGACAAAAUGGGUAUUUUUCUCGGAUAUGGCAAUUAUUCUUUCACAAAUCAAGCGACAUUUUUAACUGGCUCUAUUCCAAACUCUAUUACAGUUGGCGAUUUCAACAAGGACGCGAUAGUUGAUAUCGUUGUUGUCAAUCGUGGUGACGACAGCGUUGGUAUAUUUCUUGGAUGGGGUAAUGGUUCCUUUUCAGGCCAAAAGACGUUUACGACCGGUUCUAACUCUCAACCUUGUGCAGUUGCCGUUGGAGAUUUCAAUAACGACAGUUUACUGGACAUUAUCGUCGCCAAUUAUGCAACCAAUAACGUAGGUGUAUUGUUUGGACAUGGUAAUGGCUCAUUUGCAGGUGUUAAGAUUUUCUCAACCGGUUAUGGGUCUUUUCCAUUCACGGUUGCCAUUGGUGAUUUUAACAAUGACGAAAGGCUGGAUUUUGCCGUCGCCAACGAAGGUACUGACAAUUUAAAAAUCUUCUUACAGACUUGUUAA